GGCGCUCAGCCUCUCAUCGGCCCCAAGGCACCUUUCUUGCUCCAGCACGCACCCUUACGCACCCCUGCGCGCCUGGGCCUAGUGGUGGAGGCCGCAGGGGGCCUGGCUGCUCAUUGGCUACUGCGACCGCGGGGCGGGGUAGGUGGGCGACGUUGGACCCCCGAGGGCCUGAGUGUCUUUCCCGCCAUGUCGUUUGUGGAGAGCGGGAGGCGUUCGGCCCCUCUGCGCCGCCGGCCCGGCACCCCUGUCCCGUUCGCUCGACCUGCGUAUUCCGUUUUCAGUCAGGGAGAUAGCUGGGGUGAGGGCGAAGUCGAAGAGGAGGAGGGAUGCGACCAAGUGGCCCGUGAUUUGCGGGCGGAGUUCUCGGCCGGGUCGUCAUCGAAACUCAGAAAGGACCCGGUACUCCGGCCAGAUGGGGACGGAUCUCCGGUUCUGCCCGAUAAACGCAAUGGCAUUUUCUCGGCGGAUGCGGGUGGUAAAGCCCUGGCUCGGCGCUGGCCGGUCCAGGUCCUCUCAAUUCUCUGUUCGCUGCUGUUCGCCAUCCUUCUUGCCUGCCUGCUCGCCAUCACCUACCUGAUCGUAAAAGAGUUACAUGCUGAAAAUUUGAAGAAUGAAGAUGAUGUAAACACUGGACUGUUAGGAUUCUGGAGUCUACUUAUAAUAUCCCUAACUGCUGGAUUCUCCUGCUGCAGCUUUUCUUGGACAGUGACUUACUUUGAUUCUUUUGAACCAGGAAUGUUUCCUCCUACUCCUCUUUCACCUGCCAGGUUCAAGAAAAUGACCGGACAUUCCUUCCACAUGGGCUACAGUAUGGCAAUUUUGAAUGGCAUUGUAGCUGCUCUUACUGUAGCUUGGUGCCUCAUGUAAACCUGCACUGAAGCAAAGUACUGGACAAAACUUAGUCAUGAUUACUUUGUAAUAACAGAACAUCACUGCCUAUUCAGAAGACCAAGAAAGUUGCUGCUCAUUAUGUGGUUCAGAUACAAGUCAUAUCAUCAUCAUUAUGGAGGACUUUUUCUAGAUCCUAGGCAUUGGGAAAAUAUAAGUAUUCAGUUUCAAGUAGUUCUUAAAAGUAUAAGAUGUUUACCUCAUCUUUUUACUUUUGUGUGUGUCGUCCUUAUAAGUUGUAGAAAACAUUUUAAUGGAAAUCAAACUCAGAAACCUAGAUGCAGAACAUCCUGUAUUAAAGCCUGCUUUUCCAUGUAUAUACUACAUUUUUGCUAAGAAAUACUGAUAGUACUUUUGAGAUAGAAAUAUUUCUUAUUUAUUCAUUGUAUUAGAAAAGCAAACAAUGCCUACUACUUUGACAUUUUAUAGAAGCUACUUUUAAAUCAGAAUAUUUAGUUUUCAAUAUAUAAUCAAUAGAAGGUGCACUUAUUUUUUAACGGGGUAUGGUUCUUUGGGGUUUUGUUUUUUUUUUUUUUUUUUUUACAUAUUUUCCUACUAUAUAUUGAAUUUGUAUCUUUUUAAAUUGUUGCAUCUAGGCAAAUGUAAAUGUUAUUUUUUUAUCUGGUGCAAACCUAAUACCUUCCAUUUUUAAUAAGUAUUUUGUCUUUUAAGAAAAGCACAUUGGCCUCACAUUUAAAAAUAAGUAAACUUAUUUUUAACAGAAAAGUAGUUUAAUUAUUUAAGGAAUGAUAAUACUGAGGAAAUUUAAAGCUGUCCCCUCUUUCCAUUUUCACAAUGCCAAAUAUUUAUCUUGGUGCAUAUAUGGUUACUUCAACAGAACCGAUACUAUCUUGUUUUUAGUAAAUAUAGACUUGACAUUUUUAUAUUUAGGAAUGCUUGAAUUAGUUUGUUUUUAGUCUCCAAAAUUUGGUUACCAAAAUAGAAAAAGUAUUUUGAUACAAUGUGUGUACAUGUAUAAUUUUUUAUGUAUAGUUUCCUUAUUUUCCUAUUUAAAUGUUCUUUUGUAAUUGUGUUGUUUUGUUUUUGUUCUCAUUCUAAUUAAGCCUUAAUUGUUCCAAUUCCUUUCUAAAUACCUGCUUAGGAAUAGUCUCUUGAAUUUUAGAAAGAUGGACUAUUUAAAAUACUGUUUUCCCUGGCCAUAGGAAAACCUGCCUUAGGAUAGCACUGUGUAGCAAAACUGCUUAUUCAGGCCAAAUGGGAAAUGAAUAUAUACAUUUGUUCAUGUUACCUGCUAAUUGUUGUUACUGAGUAAAUGAUUUAAUAAUGUUUCUAAAA